CGCGCAUUUUUCCAACAAGAAAGUUCCGAUCGAGUGCCAUUUUUUGCUCUUACUGCUCAUCUUCUUGAAAUUUAUUGUCUUCAAGGCGCCAGCAGUUUGGAAUAGUAUUGUGAAGAAAUCAAGAAACUCAGCUGUUUAAGGGUGAAAAGAUCUAAGGACAUUGUAUUUACAUCAAAAGGGCUGAAUUGCUGGUUUACCCCUAUAGGUUAAUUUCAGAACAUCUCUGCUUUGUUAUUGAUUACAAAGCAUGUCUUAUCGAAAUCAAUACAGUGGGAGCCCAUGGCAGCAAGGUGGACCACCUUUUGGUGUUGGCAGUUAUAAUCAGAGUUAUGGAGGAUAUAAUGAUCAGUAUGGGGUGUCUCAUCAAAUGAUGAAUUCUGGUUAUAAUCGUAAUCAAAGUGGAUAUGGAGGAGGAAUGUAUGGUGGUAGUGGUAUGGGGCAGAUGAGAAAUAUGGGUUAUGGUGGCCCUUCCCCUUCAAGGCACUAUAUGAAUGAUAGAAUGGGUGGUCGUUCAUUACCUCGUGGUCAAAUGCAGAGAAAGCGUUUGCCUCAAAGAAGCCCAGCAAGUGGUCCUAGAUCUAAACGUCCUAACAUUGAAAGUGAUCGACGUUUGGCAAAACCUCGCAGGCGUAGAGAUUCACAUGGUGGUUCCAAAAGUAGACACGACCAAAGUGAUGAUGACGAUGAUGACACUUACAACCCUGAAGAACCAACUGAUGACUUAUCUGAUAUUGAUUGUAAUGUAUUUGAAACCUGGAAAACUUGUGAUGAGAAUGGAGAACCUUGUGACCAGAAAGUUACAAAAGAAAAUGGUGAGCAAGAAAGCAAUGAAAAUGCUGAAGAAUCCAAAUCUGAUGAUAAGCCGAAGAAGCCAUUUAUAUGCUAUGUGUGUAAAGUUACAUGUCCUAAUAAAGAGAUAUUAACAAAGCACCAAAGCAGUAAAACUCAUACAACAAAGAUUGAAGAAUUGCUAGCUAUCAGAAGAGAAAAGAAGGAUGGUACUGAUGAUGAAAAGAAAGAAAAGGAUUCAGGUGAUCAUGACAAGAAGAAAUCGAGCAGGAAACCUGGAAACUGGUGUACUGUAUGUGAAUGCGCUUUCAGUGGGAAUUUUCUGGCACAUCGCCGUACAAAGGAACACAGAAAAAAGAGAGAUAAGAAGUACCCCAAGUGUCGUCCUUGUCGUUUGGGCUUUAGUAGUUCAGAAGAAUACAGAGAUCAUUAUAAAAGUGAAGAGCACAAGCAGAGAUCUGCUGAGUUUCAUUAUUUGAAAAAUCUAGCUUCUGGCUCCGAUGAUGAUGAAGCUGCUAUUGAACCUGUUAAAGUUGAAGAAGAUCCAGAUAUAAAAAUGGAAGAAGAAAGUGUAGAAGAAAAGACUGAAGAUAAAAAGGAAAAGGGUGAUAGUGAAACUGAAGAACAAGAAAAGGAUGAAGCAAAUGCAGAUGAAAGUAAAGAUAAGGAAGACAAAAAAGAUGAAAAAGAGGAAAAGAAAGAAGUUAAAAAACCUAAACCAAAAGAACCUAAAUCAAUUGGUCAGUCAUUUGUUGUAUCUGUUCAGGGUUAUUAUUGCAAACUUUGCCAUAAGUUUUUCAAGGAUAUUACAGUUGCGAAGUCCAAGCACUGCCGUUCAAUAAUGCAUGCAGAAUCAUUCAAACGAGCAAUGGAAGAAGCCAUUGAACAAGAAGAAGAAAGACAAAAACAGGCAGAUGAGCAAGAUAAACAAGAUAAAGAAGCUGCUGAGGCAGCAGAAUUGGCUGCAGAGAUUGCUGCUGUAGAACGAGCAGCUAAGGAAGCUGCAAAACGAGAGCUUGCUGCACAGAAAACAGGCAGUCAGAAAGAUCAAGACGUUGAGAUGAAAGAUGUGUCAGAAAAAACAGAAGAUGAAGUUUCUGUAAAAGAAGAAAAGAAUGAAAGUACAAAUGAAGAUGCGAACAUUGAAAACGGAAAGGAAGAAAUGAAAGAUGAAGAUGAUGCUGAGGAUACAAAAGAAGCGGCUGAUGACAAGAAAGAACUUGAUACAUCAAAAGAUGAUCAGCCUGAAGAACAGGAAGAAGAGGCUAAAGAAGAGGUAACAUCCAGUCCAGCAACUCGACGUGGGCGAGGUCGCGGUCGAGGACGCAAAAGGCGUUAAACCAUCAUCAAGAUGCCCUUUUAUCCUAGCUAACAUAGUAUGAUCAGCAAUUUGAUGUUAUCUAUGCAACUUAAUGUAGAACUCAAAUGAAGAAAUAUAAAAUGAUGCAUUUUGGCAUUUUCAAAUGAAGAAAUAUAGGUCUAACCAUGGGUUUUUAAUUUUCUUUUAAUGGCUUCAUAAUUUAAAAAAGAAAAAUAAUUGACGUGUUUGAUGUAAUUAUUAAGUUUAUUGUGACAAAAGAUUCUAUAUGUACACGAAAUUGGACAUUUUUAAUUUUGCAUUCAUUAUUGUUUAUAUCAUAGUCAUUCAUUCCAUUGUUUCCAAGAGUAAUUAAAUUUAAUUGUAAUGUGUCCCUUUUCUGUGAUGUAGUACUUCUCAUAGCUUUUUAUAAACUUCUCAUUGGCAGUACAUUUAGACUAAUUUGAUGACACAAUGUUAAAACUAAAAAAUGAAUUCUGAUAAUAUUUCAACAGCAGAUUUCAUUUACAUUUAUACUUUGCAAUAGAAAUAAAUAAAUAAAUGAAAAAAAAGUAGAAU